GAAACACAACUCUAAUGUUCCUGCGUUUCUCACUAAGUUGUGGACUCUGGUGGAAGAUUCUGACACUAAUGAAUUCAUUUGCUGGAGUCAGGUUAGAUUUAAAAAGCUCACACCAGGAGUGCUUUGAGAAGAACAACUUAACCGUUAGCUGUAACAUGGUUAGCUGUUAGCGAAGCAAUACGACACUUAUCUUCUAACAUCGGUUAUAUACAGAUCAGGUUUCCUUUUAAGCAAUUUUGGGGUUAAAUUCUGUGUAAGGGGAGGAAGACGACACCUUCACAUUGUCGUCGUCCCCCCUCCCCCCCCCAAUACCAACGCAGUUGGGAAGCUAACGUCGUCAAGGAUUGCGAGCUGACAACCGCAUAAAGAGGACUAUCUCUAUAAUGUCCACCUUUCUUCGUCCAAGAAGCUGUGUCCAGCAUCCUCGGGCACCGUCACCUCCCACGGAGUUUGCUUUUGCUACAUGGAAUGUGCGAGGUUUGACAUCAGCCACAGAGAGACAAACACUAGGAAGGCAUUGUGUAAAUCUGCUCAGCACGCUGAAGGCAGACCUCAAGCACAGAGGACGAGGUCCUCCUACAACAGAAAAGAAACUCCGAGAGCUAAGGGAGCUUGCAGGAUGCGAGACGCAGUGGAAGAAGAUGAAGAAAGACUGAAUGCAGCUGCAGGACGCUUCCAUGACUGUAGAUGCAGAAAACCAGUGAAUGAUGAUGAAUUCUGUGAAGGUAACAGUUUCCUUGUGCUGGAUGAACAACGGUUUGCAAAAGAAAUCCUGCCAAAGUUUUUUAAGCACAAUAACAUGGCCAGUUUUGUCAGACAGCUGAACAUGUAUGGCUUUCGCAAGGUGAUGCACAUCGACACCGGCGUAGUGAAGCAGGAGCGGGAUGGACCGGUUGAGUUCCAGCAUCCUUACUUCCGGAAUGGGCGAGACGAUUUACUGGAGAACAUCAAGAGAAAGGUGUCCAAUACCAGACCAGAAGACAGCAAACUGAGGCAAGAGGACCUGUCAAAAAUUCUGUCGAGUGUUCAAACGGUGCAUGACAAGCAGGAAAACAUGGACGCCAGGCUUGCCACUUUGAAACGUGAGAACGAGGCUCUGUGGAGGGAGAUGUCAGACCUAAGGCAGAAGCAUGCACAACAGCAACAUGCUAUAAAAGAGCUUGUGCAGUUCAUCCUUACACUGGUCCAGAAUAACCGUGUGCUGAACUUGAAACGCAAGAGGCCUCUGCUAUUGAGCAGCAAUGGAAAGAAGUCAAAAUUCAUUUCCCAGAUCUAUAAGGAACCAGUGGACCACAGCAACUCUGCAGUCAGUGGUCUAAAGAACAACAACGAUAUUGCCGAUGAUGUCAUCAUCUGUGAUAUCACGAAUGAAGAUGCAGAAGUCACAGUGGACACAACGAGAGUGGUAGAUGAGGGGGAUGUUGAAAUAAUUGAAGUAGACUGUGACAGUAGUGAGACGACGGAAAAGGUGAGCGCAAAUGGACAGAUCUCGGCAGACACUACACUUCUAGCUGAAGGCGAAACAUCUAGAAGCUCCACCAGCAGCCAACCAACAUGCAGCGCCUUGCAGUUGAACCAUUGUUCAGCCCUGAGUCAGGAGGACCCUGUGAAGAUGAUGAACUCCAUCCUUAAUGAGAGCGGGACCAUUUCCCAGAACAUUAACCUUUUGGGCAAAGUUGAGCUGAUGGACUACUUGGACAGUAUUGACUGCAGCUUGGAAGAUUUUCAGGCCAUGCUAUAUGGAAAGCAGUUCUCCAUUGACUCCAGCACUCUAGAGGAAACCGGCUCAAACUCAAAAGAGGGAGACGUUUCUGAGAAGGCCAAAACUGAGACUUACAAUGCAGAUAAACAGUUAAUUCAGUACACCAGCUGUCCCCUGCUGGCCUACCUGGAUGGUUGCAGUCCUCUCCCGUCAGUUGCAGAACCACAGCCUGAAGAUCUAAACCAGGCUUCAGUGAAGCAGAAGACAGAAGACACUGUGGACCUCCUGCAGUCAUCCCUGCAGACAGAAGAGGCUCCGCGCAGCUCGAUGAUCCGCCUCGAGCCCCUCACUGAGGCGGAGGCCAGCGAAGCCACACUCUUCUAUCUGUGUGAACUAGACUCUGACAUGCCUCCUGCUGACCCACCACAACCUGACAUCUAAUGAUGAGGAAGAAAAAAGCAAAAAGGACCAGACUUUUUUUUUUUUGUACAUAUCAAAAUGAUGAUCUAUUUAUUUGAUGCAGUUUUUGGUACAUUUCUUGUCACAUUGAAUUGACAUUCCAUUAUGUCACAUCUGAUUUUUGAUCUUGUUCGCUGUUAACAAGGAUUCAAUGAUGGUUACAUUGCAACAAGCUUGUUAGAUGAGAUUGUAGCUUUUCUUAUUUUGUGUUUUCUUUGUCCUUUUUUAUAUUCAAUUCUGUGACUGUGAGAUUGGUUUGGGUGACAGUCAUGUGACAUGGUCUAGAAGUGCCUGUGCUCAGAUCUCUGUACGUAACAGUACUCUUAUUAGUUCAAUAAUGUCCUGAAAGUACAGUGAUUAGCGUCUCUCUUUAUGCUUUGUCAAUAUCCCAAGCUUGAUGCUGAUGAUAUUAAAAAAGUUGCAAGGAA